AAGGUAAAGUUUUGCCUUUUUUUUCCCCCCCACUCUCCCCUCCCCACUCUCUCCACUACCCACUCUCGCCUUUAUGCUUGCCGGGACCCGGUAAUCUUCCUCCCACCUCUUUCCGGUACUCCACCCCCGCCAUUUUUUCCGAUUUAGUACCCCCACACCUUCGAUUUCCCUGCCGAUUGAAUCUGGAAACCAUUUCCGGGCGCUUGCCCUGUUGAUUCCGAAGCUCAUGCUCGUUUAAUCGCUACAAGGAGUUCUUCAAUGGGUUCUUCUUCUUCAGUUUAAUUAAGAAAUCAAUCCCUUUUGUCUGAUGGGCUGAUUCGUUGGGCAUCUACAAUGUUUUUGCUUUUGUGUUCAUAACACUAAAAGUUCAGAACAAAACAAUCAUGUUAUUGGUCUUUGGUGCUAUAUAUAGCUGGAAAAGAUGACAAUAAAGUUGCAUAUAUGGAUAAUAUUUGUGAUCAUCCUGCAAAUAAGGUAGUGGCAUUGGCAUAUUUAAUAUGCUAUAGAGCAUUUUCCACAAACUCAGAAGAUUACGAUCGGGGAUUAUUUUGCUUACGUCGAUGCCCCCUGGAGGCUUAUGGAAUGAUGGACUGCUUUCAUACUGUAAGCUAUAGCUAUCCGAAUGGUAACAUGUGUCACAGAUUACUAUUGCUUGUCAUCUGCAUAUCCAGUUUUCAUGAUGGAGUUGUCUUAGCAACGGUGGUUCAGCGUCGUCUAGUUUUGUCUAUGCGAGAGCAGGCUCAGUCACCUAGUAGUGUGGUCUUCGAUCCCAUAGAGAUAUCACCUGCAGUUAUCCCACAAUACCCUUAUCCAAAUGAAUCUUUACCUCCAAUGUAUCCAACUUUUCCUACCAGAUACGAACCAGUUUUAACGGGGAGAUGCCCUGUAAAUUUUUCUGUUAUAUCAAAUGUUAUGGACAAAACAGCAUCAGAUUGUUCUCAGCCUAUGGCAGCACUUGUAGGAAAUGCUAUUUGCUGUCCACAGCUAAGUAGCCUGCUCCAUAUCUUCCAGGGUUUCUACGGCUUAACAUCCGAACAGUUGGUUCUGCAAGAGGCAGUUGCUAAUGAUUGUUUUUCAGAUAUCAUUAGUAUCUUAGCCAGCAGAGGAGCUAAUCAGACCAUACCCUCUCUUUGUUCCGUCAAAUCUUCAAAUCUCACUGGCGGGUCAUGUCCAGUGACAGACGUUGCGACAUUUGAAAAAUUAGUUAAUGUAAGCAAAUUAUUGGAUGCGUGUGAUACUGUUGAUCCUCUCAAGGAGUGUUGUAGACCAAUAUGUCAGCCUGCUAUCAUGGAGGCUGCACUUCAGAUAUCUGGAGGGCAAUUUUCUACUGAUACAAGUAGUAAUGUAGCAGCGCAGCCUAAUCAUAUGGACUCGAUAAAUGAUUGUAAAAGGGUCGUUUAUUCAUAUAUUUCCAGGAAACUGUCCUCAGAUGCUGCCAACACUGCAUUUCGAAUAUUAUCUUCCUGCAAAGUUAACAAAGCUUGCCCUUUGGACUUUGAGCAGCCUUCAGAAGUAAUUAAAGAUUGCCGCAAUGUUGCUGCUCCGAGUCCUUCGUGCUGCAAGUCAUUGAAUUCUUACAUUGCGGGGAUCCAAAAGCAGAUGUUAAUUACCAAUAAACAAGCUAUAAUCUGUGCAACAAUGUUCGGAUCCAUGUUGAGAAAAGGUGGGGUUAUGACGAAUGUUUAUGAGCUGUGUGAUGUCGACUUGAAAGAUUUCAGCAUUCAAGCCUAUGGACAGCAAGGAUGUCUUCUUCGGAGCCUGCCUUCAGAUCUGAUAUUUGACAAAUCAACAGGCUUUAGUUUCACUUGUGAUUUGACCGAUAACAUUGCAGCACCGUGGCCUUCAUCGUCCUCAAUUUCAUCGUUGUCUCUUUGUGCCCCUGAGAUGUCACUGCCUGCUCUACCAACAUCUGAGACUAAGAGAAACAAUGGUGGCCAGCGAGAGGAAGGAUUGGAUUUCCCAAUGCCCAUUUUUUUAUUUUUUAUUAUGGUCACUGCAUUUUUGUACUGAGUUAGAUUCUUAGAUGAGAUGAUGUUCUUUGGUGUUCUUCUUAUGUGGGAGUUGGGGGGUAAGCCAUCUUCGGGAAUUUCACAGUGGAUUUUUGUAUGUAUAUUUUCAGUCUCUGUAUAGUAGUAUCUCUUUUUUUUUUCUUUA